GAUUCACUUGUCAAUCAAAAUGCCAAAAUCUCUCAGCAUUAUUGGUUUAUUAUCUCUUAUGGCUUCUCAAGCUCUUGUUCUUGUCUUCCUCUUAUUUCCCUUUUCCUUACACCAAGUUGUUGCCUCCUCCUCCAAUGGUUUGAUCUUUGAAGGAUUUGAUGAAAACAGCGAUAUAAGCCUUGAAGGAUCUUCCAUCAUCAAAACCAGUCGUUUACUUAAACUCACUAACAGAUCAACCAAUAUUAUAGGCCAUGCAUUCUACAAAACACCCUUCCAAAUGCUUAACAAAACAGACCCUCCCCUUGAACCCUCUGCUUUUUCUUUCAGCACCUACUUUGUGUUCUCAAUUGUAUCCCCUAGUUCUGGUUCUGGGGGCUUUGGCCUUGCCUUCACCAUAGCGCCAUCAACACAGUUUCCUGGGGCUGAGGCUGGCCAUUAUCUUGGUCUUUUUAACUCCGCCAAUGAUGGGAAUGACACAAAUAACAUCUUUGCGGUGGAGUUUGACACUGUAAAUGGUUACAAAGGUGACUCGGACAGUGAAGGAAACCAUGUUGGGGUGAAUAUAAAUGGAAUGGACUCAAGGAUUACUGAACCAGCUGCAUACAUUAAAGAGGGUACUGAGAGUGUAAAGGAGGAUUUCAGAAUGGCCAAGGUUGAUGCUGUCCACGCUUGGAUAGAGUAUGAUGGUGAAAAGAGAAUUCUGAAUGUAACAAUAGCUCCGUGGGAAUUAUCAAGGCCCAGCACACCACUCAUAAAGAAUUACAACGUUGACCUUUCCAACGUUAUGAAGGAAAACAUGUAUGUUGGUUUCUCAGCAUCGACUGGCCAGGAAACAAGCUCUCAUUAUCUUCUAGGGUGGAGUUUUGCAGUGAACGGUGUUGCUAUGAAUUUGUCUAAUCUUCCAGAGCCACCACCCAAGGAGGAAGAUCCCUCUUCGUUUCCUUGGGUCAAUGUUGUAAUUGGCAUCUUGUCCGCUUUGACUUUGAGCCUUCUGUGUCUUCUAAUUCUUCUGACAUGUUAUAAGAGAUACAUGGAUUUUGAGGUUCUUGAGGACUGGGAGAUGGAUUGUCCUCACAGGUUCAGAUACAAAGAUCUUCACCUUGCCACAGAAGGGUUCAAAGAGAGCCAACUAAUUGGAAUUGGAGGCUUUGGUGCUGUGUACAAAGGUGUCUUACCAACUUCAGGAACUGAAGUUGCUGUUAAGAGGAUUGUGAGGAGCCCUUUCCAUGGAAUGAGGGAAUUUGCAGCUGAGAUUGAAAGCUUGGGAAGGUUGAGACACAAGAAUUUGGUGAACCUUCAAGGAUGGUGCAAGAAAAAGAAUGAUCUCCUUCUCGUCUAUGAUUUCAUUUCAAAUGGAAGCCUUGAUUGUGUCCUAUAUAACCCCAACAACAGCUUUGUCUUGAACUGGGGGCAAAGAUUCAACAUUCUCAAAGGCAUCAGUGCUGGACUAUUGUACUUGCAUGAAGAGUGGGAGCAAGUGGUGAUCCAUAGAGACGUGAAAACUAGCAAUAUUUUGAUAGAUGGAAACUUGAAUGCACGUUUAGGUGACUUUGGACUUGCAAGGCUCUAUAACCAUGGUCAAGUAUCACACACAACCAGGGUGGUUGGAACCAUUGGCUACAUUGCACCAGAGUUAACUCGCACAGGAAAAGCUUCUACAAGAACUGAUGUUUAUGCAUUUGGGGUUGUGCUUCUUGAAGUGGUCACAGGUAAGAGGCCUCUUGAUUCAGAUCAGUUUUUCUUGGUCGAAUGGGCGAUUGAGAAUUACCAUUUGGGUCAAAUUCUUGAGGUGGUUGAUCCUAAGCUGAAUUCAGUUUAUGAUGAGGAAGAAGUUGAGUUGGUUCUCAAGUUGGGUUUACUAUGCACUCAACGUAGAUCAGAUUAUAGACCUACCAUGAAACAAGUUACAAGGUACCUAAACUUUGAUGACCCUCUUCCUGAUAUUGGUGAUUUGGGAUAUGGUGGUUCUAAUAGCAGCAGCAGAAUGAACUCAGGUUUCUUAGAAGUCACGCCAUCUUUGAGAACUGUUGAAACAUCUGGGUAUCUGUCCUCCAUUAGCAUGAGUACCAAGUCCUUGGAUGCUGGUAGAUAGCAAAUAAUCAUGUUCUAGCAUUUUCUACCACUGUAUUUCUCUGAAUAUAUUCAUAGUUCUUCUGUAAUUCUUUCAUUUCUUUCUAUUA